AUGAGUGGAACUAGCGGAGCAAAAAAAAAAGGCAAACAAGCAACAAAAGGUGAUGCACAAAUAGUUAAAGAAAAUAUUGAAACAAUUGAAUUCUAUAAAAAAGUGUUAUCUAUCUCUAAUGGCAUUUUUCUUGCCGUUCAUUUUAUCUUUUAUUUUAUAACUGGAUUUUCCACAGCUUCUUGUAUUCUUUUUUUAUUAUCAUCUGCUGCUGCAUGGUAUGUUUGGUCAAUGAUGCGUCAAUUCGGUACAACGAAAUCAGGUGGUGCUGUAACAGAUUUAAAUCUUAAUGGAAGCAUUUCUGAUUAUGCAAAAGAUAUCAUUUUAGCUAUUGUUAUUGCACAAUCGGCUAGUUUAAUUCAUCGAUAUUUCUGGUGGUUUCUUUUAGCCAUUCCACUUUAUGCACUUUAUAAAGGUUUAAAGAUGUUUUUUUUCUCACCCUAUUCGCAAUUACAGGGUGGUGGCAAUCAAGAACAAGGUGAUCAAGCUGAUGGAAAAAAAGGUGGAAAAGGAAAAGUUACUCGUGUUGCUCGACACUAG